UAAAACUUUUGAAUACAGAUGCAAGGAUGCAAACAUGAAAAUUUGGUGAUAAUUUUAAUUGCUGUUUUGCCAAUUUCUUAAAAGAAUUGUCGCCUAAUGGACCAUAAACGUGUAAGUGAAUGAAAUUAGUUAUGAAAUAUGGGCUCUGAGCAAAGCAGCCAGCAAGGUAAAGCCGUUCGCGCGGGUCUAAGACGAGGUAAAUCAGUCCCAGAGUACAGAGCUGACGAACCUUUACCUGAUGAAGAUGAAAACGAAGAAACUGGUAAUAUUUCUCCAGAACCAAGUGUAUGCAGUGAUUCCGAUCUUCCAUACAUAUCGUAUACUGUAAAUCGACCAAUUGGAGAUUCCCCGAAAAAGAAACCUCCUGCUCGAAGAUUAUCAAGGGGUAAAUCAUUGGCUAGUGCAACUUCCUCGAGAAAAGCUAAGAAAAAACCUCAAGUACCAAUGUCUUCUUCGGGUCACAAUAUUGUUGUGGUGAAAGAAGCUGCUGCACAGCCUACCAAAUCAAAUGAUCCCGAGCUUAUUACGUUGCAAAGAAUACCGCAAUUUUUGCCAAUUAUGAGAGCUACGUUGAGUGCUCCUGCUGCUAGAGAUCCCGAAGUAUUGGAGCGUCUCGAUUCAACUCCUUUGUGUAAUCUUUGUCAUUUAUAUCAAAACGCUUUGAAUAAGUGUGCUACCGAAGUGUCUUCCGAACAAGAUAAAUUAACCAAGCAAAUAAUUCGAGUGGAUAAAAAAUCAUCCCAGAUCAUGUCAACGUUCACCGAACGUCAGAAAGCGUACGCAAAAUACGCUGAUAAAUUUGGUAAAAUCAACGACGUCGUUAAACAAGUAGAAAAAUGCAACGCUACGUUGAAAGAAACCAUUAAAAAAAUCCAGCAAGCAAACGACGCAUUACCAGAUGACCUGAAACUAGAGCCAUUCGCUUGGACGACCGGUUGAGUACAUGCGCUGCUGAUUCGAUAGAAAUUGAAAUGAAAAGCUGCGCUCAGUUCUAGACUAACGAAAGGAUGAAGAUGGUGUAAUUUAUGAAAGCAGGAAAAAGGAUCGAAGGAUGAUUUAUUCGAGAAUUGCUCGAAGUAUCAUGACUUGAUGGCAUUUCAUCUGGAAUGCUGUUUCGAUUUCGCUGAGAAAUUACGCAUCGAGGGAUUAAGUACAAAAACACGGAUUUAGUUUUUUGGUGGUCGUUCGAACGAAUUCAGUAUUUUAUUACGAGAUACUUAUAAAUGAAAAAUGACAAUUGACGGCUGUGUAUGUGUAAUAGAGUGGGAAGUGUAUUUGUGCUUAUUUGAAGGGGCAAAUUUGAUUUGAAAUUUUGUUAGGUUUAUACAACAUUUUGAUAUCAAAUAAUUCUAAAAUGAGAGGGAGGCUAUGAUUUCAGUUUUUUAGAAUCAUUAUAGUUUACGCGCAUUAGAUAUACUGGGGUUUGAAAAAAAAAUUGCGAAAAUCAAUUGCUAGAUCUUUAUGAAUAUUAAGUUAUAAUUUCAUCUACCUAUUUCAAUCUUAAGAUGUUUUGUAUCAUUGAUAUUCAAAUUAUUUAUUGAAAAAAUCAACAUGUAUAUUUUUUAUUUUAUAGACUUCGUAUUCGUGUACCAUUUUUAUACCUAUUACCCACAUGUUUCAAGUAUUGUGAUCUCAUACUGUAAGUAUGUAUUGUAAAAAUGACCUCAAGUCAAGAAUUUUCUUUCAUUUAUUUAUUUUAUUUCGUGUAAUUCGAUCAGAAUAUAAAUUGUUGUUGCGAAA